UGGGUUUGAGCCCCCGACGGUGGGGGGCUGACCUAAUGCGGCAAGGGCGCCCGCCUGAACCCCCGUUGCGUUACACUACAUUAGAGAAAACACACCAAUCAAGAUUUUGUACAAACCUCCACUCUUACUGUAAACACUAAACCUAAUAUAGUUCAAACUUUUUCACCCAGAGGUGCCUAGUUAUAUACUAUCUGUGUAUUAUUCCCAGGCCUUUCUUUGUAACCAGAAGACAUGAAAUGCCUAUUACCAUUUAUUUCUCAUUAUUGUCAUCUGAAUUUGAGCUCUUACCUUUGUUGAUGAAUGAUAGAAGCAGCUCUUUGCCCGGUUGUUUAAAGUCCUCGCUAGCUGUCUGAUUACUUGAAGGGGGAUCAAGUGUGGGGUUGAGUAAAGUAACUUGCAUAGGGUUAAAAAAAGUAACUUCAUUUACAUGGAGGAUAUGUUCUAGAAACUGCUGGGGUCAGGUUGCAGUUGUGCACUUUCUCAGUGAGAAGCAUUUAACAUAUGCUUGGAGCGGUCUGAUGAAACAGUCAGAGGUCACUUUGUUCCAUAAGUUAUAUGUCUUUAAAAAAAGGGUAGCUUCCGUUCAGCUUGCUUGUGCCUGGAAAACCUAACUAGAGGCUGUCACACCUCUUCACUACAGUUCAGAGGUAUUAUCAGUAUUUUAUUAUUAUUUUGUACUCCAAUCACCCUUUGCUAUUUAGUACAGUAAGUGGAAACUGCAGUUUUAACCAUCUUUAUUCUUAGCGAUAGUGUAUUAGUAGUGUAGUCUAAUACGGUAGUGCAUUAGUAUCUAGCAUUAAUUAGAGCUACUUUAAUUUGGACACUAAUACACUACUGUAUUUCCUUGCACCAAAUAUAAUUUUUGUAAAAUAAUCAAUUUUGUCUCAGGUGGUUUUCUGUGUUUGCCUCAAAUGUACAUGGCAACUGAUUCCAUAUGGCCCAUGAUGCUAUUCUUUAUCUUUCCAAGCACUACAGACUAAAUAAACAAACCAGACAACAGCAGAACCACAGACACACUAGUUCACUGCAGAAAUUCCUACUAUGUGCUGAUUAUUUAAACAAUAUUUCACUAAAAAAGAUAGUUUACACUUGUUUGUUAUUGCUUGCAGUUAUUGUUUACAAUAAUUGUAUGCUAAUUGCUAAUAUGCUAAUUCUGUUACAUGUCUGUUUUCAGUUAACCAUUGAAGGCUAACUGGAAACAUCUGCAGUUGGUUUCCUUGUUACAUUAAAUUGCCAGAAAAUUCUAGGAAUAUAACCAGUAAUUAAGAAGAGUACAUUUGAAAAAAAAACAUUGGUGAUUAACAAUGAGUGUUAUCAUGAGUGGCGACUGUAUAUUUUUAACUGUUACAAAUUUAACUUAAUUUAAAUUGUCAAGACAUCAUAAUUUUAGUAAAGGAAAUACAUUUGACACAAUGCAAUAAAAUGAGCUGUAAGCAUGAAAAACUGAAUGGAGCUACAAGGGUAGUUCUAUCCUUGAAUUAAAUAGGUUGUUAAGUUGAAUUGUAUUCUUUUCUGUCAUCACUAAAUCAACUGACUUUUUUGUGAUAUGAGGUAAUUAUGUAUUAUUACAGCUAUUUUAUGGUUAAUAGAGAGUUCCAGAAUUGAGUGUAAAAAAUCAAUGUUACUAAACAUUGUUAUCUGAGAAAAUAUUUUCCAGGGAGACGAACCUUAAAUGAGAGCGCCGACCUUCAGCACAAGAGAUGUGAUCCUUUCUCCUGCCUGUCAGACUUGUCUCAAAAUUCUACAUCCCAUGUUUUCCAAGACUUCCUCAUUCUGCACUCUUCCUGAUGAGCAGCAAUCCUACAGAGUAAAGAAAGAGAAGUCAGUGUCAGUUACUUGAAACAUCUGACAUCUUCUGAUGUGAAGUUCCUUCUGUAAAACAAACCUUAACCAGCAAAAUCAUCUGACCGAUGGCCUGAGGCUUCAUCAUUAUCUAAUGAUAAUCAUAUGAGGGGAGACUGGUUUGUUUCACCCUGCUUAAAGAAGUGGACCAAUAUCAGAGUGAAAGAAAUAUUGAGGCAGAACAGUGUGUGACAGAGCAGACUGUUCCAGUGCUGCUCAGAAGAGAGAGAGAGAUGCCAGCAGUUUCAGUACCUCUCUUGCUCUCUGGAGCUGUGUUCACUGCACUUGUGUACUUUACCACUAACCACCUUGGGAGACGAGACACAUACAGCUACCUGAAAAAGAAACCAAACUUCAUCAUUGUCCUGGCUGAUGACAUCGGAUGGGGAGAUCUGGGACUGAACAGGCCGGGAAUGAACCACACCCCCAAUCUGGACCGUAUGGCCCAGGAAGGCAUGAGGUUCACGGACUUUCACUCCCCAGCCUCCACCUGCUCUCCCUCACGAGCCGCUCUGCUGACGGGGAGACACGGCCUGCGCAAUGGGGUGACGCACAACUUCGCUGUGGGGUCAGUAGGGGGGCUCCCCCUCAAUGAGACUGUGCUCGCUGAGGUCCUGCAGGCUGCUGGGUACUACACAGCCAUGAUUGGGAAAUGGCAUCUAGGACAUCGUGGCCCAUAUCAUCCAAGUCACCGGGGUUUUGAUUACUAUUUCGGAAUUCCCUACAGCAAUGACAUGGGCUGCACAGACACUCCAGGCUAUGACAUUCCGAGUUGCCCACCGUGUGCCAGGGAUCCACUGUUAGAUGGUGAUGAGCACAAAGAAUGUUAUUCCAGAAUCGCACUUCCUCUGUUUGAGAAUUUGAGGAUUGUGGAACAACCGCUUAACCUGUGGACUCUGGCAGAACAGUACACACAGAAAGCCAUUGAUAUAAUCCACCAUGCCAGGGCAAGUGGUCAGUCCUUCUUCCUGUAUGUCGCUCUGGCCCACAUGCAUGUGCCUUUGUCUGCAGCCUCUCGAGAGCCAAGCAUAACCCAUAUAGAUCCCUAUGCAGCCAGUCUGGAAGAGAUGGACAGCUUUGUCGGCAGGAUAAAAACAGCCUCUGAUGCCAGCGAUAAAGAAAACACGCUCAUCUGGUUUACUGGUGACAAUGGGCCCUGGGAAAAGAAAUGCCAGUUUUCAGGAAGUGUGGGCCCUUUCUUGGGAAGGUGGCAGACAGAUAGAGGUGGGAGUUCAGCUAAGCGAACUACAUGGGAAGGAGGGCACCGUGUGCCCACAAUCGCAUACUGGCCAGGCAAGAUACCAGCCAACGUCACCAGCAGUGCCCUGCUCAGCGGUCUGGAUAUCUUCCCCACUGUGUUGUCUUUGGCUGGGGAAAGCCUACCCUCGCAGAGACAGUAUGAUGGGAUUGAUGUGACUAAAGUCUUACUCCACCAGUCAGAUACCGGACACAAGAGUCUUUUCCACCCCAACAGUGGUGCAGCAGGGCACUUCGGAGAUCUCCAGACAGUCAGGCUGGGGCAGUACAAGGCAUUUUAUAUUACAGGGGCAGCAGAGGCCUGUGGUGGGGGGACAGGACAGGAGAUGGUUCAUGACCCCCCUCUUAUCUUUGACCUGUCCCGGGAUGAAGGGGAAGGUGUGCCCUUGGACAGCAGCAGUGCAGAGUACAGCAUGGUCCUGGAGAGGGUGGAGAAGGAACGGCAGGCAGUGCUGACAGACAUUGCCAUGGACAAUGUGUCCAGGGCCGACUAUGCCAUCGACCCCUCUGCCGCACCCUGCUGUGACCGGAGUCAUGUCGCCUGCCGGUGUCGGGGACUGGAAUGAGGGCUUGGCAUGGUACUGGGCACUGGUCAAGUGCUUUGUUUAGGAAGUUUCCUUUUUAUGCGAUUCAGCAGUAAACUGGGAUUUUUAGUGGUGAAUGGACACUGUAUUGGCAAUUUAAGUGCCUGCUUGAUGAUAAAUAAAUCAGCUCUCUGCACUUCUUAUGCCCAGUGCAGUCCGGGUACAGUCCUCUUAGCAGAGCCAGUUUUCUCUGGUGCCGUAGCUCUGCAAACUCCCAUGAGAAAGUUGUUCUUCUGAAAAGGAAACAGUCUUCAAAUGUUAAUCUUCCUUGCUCUCUGUGGCUUGCAUUAGCAGUGCUGACGAUAGCAGGCUGAGAGAGGCGUGUUAGGAGUAGGUUAUGAAACAGGAGAUUUAAUGUGACCUUUUCAAACCUACAAACCCUGCCAUGCUGUGAUAGACCCAGUGUUCUCAAGUAAUCUGUUAACUCAGUAUUGACAAAACGCAAAUAUUUAAAAGACUUCAGUCACUUCUUCCUUCAGUCCUUUGCAACAUGUUUUUAAUUUGACAAACUAUUUUUCUACUUACUCAAAAUUGUGACUCCUCCCUAUAUAAAAUAAAGCAUGAGCUGAAAACAG